GAAAAAAGUGAAGAACGGAAUAGAGAUGUGAGUGGCAAUAUGGCAGGCAGAGCAGAAGACUAUCUUGAAUCACUUCUCACUGAUGCCUUUAAGGGGAAAGGAUUUGAAAAAAUAAGCGAACUGCUUCAAGAGAGAGAAGUAGAGCCUCGCCAGAAAUACAGUGAAUCUCUUUUUAGCCAGCUAGACAAAGCACUGAGAAAGGAGCUGGACAAGAAUGAAUUCCAGAAUGUUUCACUGCUGCUGAAAUGUAUUCAGGUCUACUUUAAAAGUGAUUUCCAAGAAGGGAAGAGUUUGUUUAUUGAGCAAGGACUGGUAGCAAAGAUGAGGAAGAAAGAUCUGCUGAAUUUAUUUUUACCUGAGCUAGGGCAUCUAGUGACAGAAGCAAAUCUUUGCUGCACUCUGCAUCUGGAGGCUUUGAGGACCCUUAACUCUAUACUCGACAAUGUCACACGGGAAGAGAGAAAGCAAUUCCCUCUGUCUGAGGAAAUGUGCUCACUCACGAAAGACCUUGCCAAAACUAUUCUGGAGGUUGGUGAUUAUGACCUCCAGGUUGGCCUUUCAGAAGCACUUUGUAGGUUAAUGAUAAAAAAAUGGAGAGAUGACCUUGUUCACCACUGGUUUGAAGAUAACUAUCUUGCUGAAGCUUUCAAAGAGAUCAAGGACAGAGAAUUUGAGACGGACUGCAGGAAAUUUCUUAACCUGCUGAAUGAAAGGCUUGGGAAUGAAAGAAGAAAACUGAGAGUGAUACAGCAGUUGUGGGGCGUUUCUGGGAACAACAGUACCACUUUUCUUCCCCAGGUGAAGAAGCCAUCAGAUGAAAAACUGGAGGAGUUUUGGAUUGACUUCAACACUGGCAGCCAGAGUGUGACUUUCUAUGUGGAUAGUAACGAGGGCUUUCUUUGGGACUCUGUGAGGCUGUCAAAAGAAGCUGUCAGCAGUUACAGGCUGGAGGAGGAUGGUGGACAAAAGAUUGUUAAAAUUCUUAUGAAGAAACCUGCUGCUCUUACCAAAACAGAAGCAACAAAAAUCAAACUGGUUUUCAGUGCUGAGUUUGAAAUCUUAGGUGUACUUAAAAAAGUCCUGGGUGAUGAAAAAUUUAUGCAGAUAAAUGAGACUGAAGAGAAGUCUGUCCAUGCUGGGAAGCAAACCAGGGAGAAUGAAACAGUGAUAGCUGAGUCUUCUAAUGCACAAAGGAGGAAAGAUCCCUCAAAUUCUGAAAACAUGGAGACUUUAUCAGACAACUUAACCUCUGAGAAGAGCCAGCAGUUAACACACACAAUAGCAUCCAGUUACAGGAAACAUCUUUUUUCGGAAAGCAACAAUGAAAAUAUAAGCUCUGGUCAGAGUGAAAAGAGCUGGAUCCUUGACUCUCAGAUACAGUCAGUGCCAAAAUCUGUUGACUAUACCCGAAAAAGAACAAGGGUGAGAAGUAAAUUGAAAGUGCUUCCAAUGUCUUCCGCAAGUAGUGGCAGUGACUACUCGUCAAAGAAGGGGGGAGAAUCAAGGAAAAGAAUUAAAAAGGAGAUGCAAAGGGAAAAAAGCAGAUUUAGCGCCAAGGGAGGUGAUUUACCUACAGUGGAUCAUGCUGAUGAAACGCUCUCAAAAGAGCCCAAAGAGGAUUCGCUAUCACCAGGUGUGUCUGCCAGGAGCUAUUCCAGUGAUGUGGAGAAGGCUGUGCAGAAGUUACAUGAAGCACCUGGAAAUUUGACUAGAGAAGAAGAAAGUACUAAGCGGAAGGACUCAGAUACAUUAGAAAGCACUGUCAUAAAAAAGCUUAAAUUUUCCAGCUGGGAGACAAAUCAUUCAUCUUCUGACACUAACUAUAAACCAAGGAAAAUUUUUGAUUCAGUAGAAGAGGAAGCAGAGAUCCAAAAAGGUCAGGAAAUGGAUGAUAGUGUGGAUGAUGUGUUUUUUUCCAAGAUGCAACAUGAAGACUUCAGUCAUUCAGGAGUGAUUACUGCAUUUGAAAGCUUUGUUGACCAGCUGAAGAAACUGUUCUGGGUAAUGUGUGCUCUCUUACUGUGUGUGGCAAUUUAUCGUAUUAUGUGAAAUUACCUUUUAUCUCCAGAGGAGUUGGUGCAAAUAUCAGAUAUCUAUUUUUUUGCCCAAGACCAGGGCUUUGGCUGAAGUGUUUGUUAGUCUGAAGCUCUUAGAAGUAUUCUGCAUAACCUGUAUAUUCUGAGAAAUGUUACAGGGAAGACAUAAAGGAAGUUUUAAUUAGCUUUUUCCUUCUUUUUGUCUCUACAUGUAGGUUGGAACAUCAGACUUGGUUAGGCACUUUAAAUACUUUCCUCAGAGGGGAGAGAUCGAAGCUUUUUGAAAAGUAACCCAGUGUAGUGACAGUGUACCGAUGCUGGAACUGUGGGUCAUUUUCCUCAUGAACAUAUAUCAAAAAUAGAAAAACUCCCUUUUGGAGCAUAGAGCAGUUUCACUGAAAUGUAAGAUCAAACAACUUUUUCAUGAUGAAAACCGGAAAGCAAUACAGGCUGUACCUAUUGACUAGAACAUGCAUAGAUCCAUAAGGACAUGCUUUGAAAUUAAUGGUAUGUGGAGGUGUUAGCUGCACAGUUUGUAGUGAACUGUCCAUUAGUGGUUCACUCAACUGUACAGACCUACUUUAGAUGCAAGCAAUCAACUGCUACUGUUGAUUUAGCUAUAACAAGUAAUGUGGACAUUAAGCCUAGUUUAAUAUGAGAGAACAGUGUCUGACCUAUUAGAAAAUCUUCUUGUGGUCAAAAGCUUUGAACAAACCAGA